AUGGCACUGCGAAAUCCUGCUUUCCCUCGCAAUGGAAGUCCCGGUCUGAAACGCACUCGUGAAAUGUCCCCAGCUGGCCACAUUCCUCGAUCUCCAAAAAGAGAACGUAUCACCAAUUCUCCUCCAAGAAACAGAUAUGAAAGACCUCGCUCUCCCCAUUCUCGAAUGGAGGAAUCACCCUACAUUCGGCCCCGAAGCCCUGGUAGACGCGAACUAUGGAAGGAGCCUUACGGUGGGAGGGUGUGGCGUCGCCGUUCUCCUUCUCCCCCAACGCGCUCUGGAGCAAAUUCUGGCCCUGCUUCGUCAUCUACGUCGCGUCGCUCGUCCCCACCGCCUCGUAUGGAUAGGAGAGGGUACGGUGGUCCUCCGAUGCAGGCUCCUAUGUACUCAAACAGACCCCAGUCAUCCAUGCCAUUGUCCUCGCGAACACCACCACAUUCCAACAGGUUCAUUCCCCGGCAAACCGAGCCACCAAGCAUUCAAUCCAGUCGACCGGUCUCCCCACCGAGAGGUCCGAAAAGCUCUUUUGCCAAUGCCUCCUCAAUCCGUGCCAGUGAAAUAUCUCCAGCAGAAAGUCCAAAUGCAGAUCGAGAUUUUAGCCAGAGAGGCAGGCCUCGAUCGCGUGGUACCCCCGCUCACAAUUUCGAGAACGAUACCGACUUCUCUAGACAAAACUAUUCUCAAUCCGCAAGCUCAAACAGAGCGCAAGGCGAGUCCCCUCCUCCUGGUCCCACUGCUCCAAGAAACCCCGAAUUAGCUUCCCGUGGCGGCCAUGCGGCCCUCCUUUCCGCGCCAACACGACCAAAAGGCGGCUCAGGCCAAAGCCCAUAUUUCAAUCGGGAAUCAGGCCCUCGGGAAUCCAUUCGGGGCAGUAUGCACCGUCGUCCCGGCGGUCAUGGACCUCCAUACCAUCACCAAUACGGAGGCCGCGGAGGCCCGCCAUCCGGCGCUUCAGGCUAUGAAUCCCAUCGGCCCGCCUUCCGACAUGGAAGCAGUUCAUCUACCACGUACCCAAGAACGCAACGCUUUACAAACCAUCUUUCAGGUUUGCCUAAUAUUGUCCCUGGCGGAAAGCUCCUUCCAUCCAGCCUUGAUCCCGCCUAUGAAAAGCGAAUUGCGCAGCUAGAGGCGGACAAAGAGCGACUCUUGGAACAAAUUGCCGAGAAACAAAAGGCCAAGCGCACUUCUUUGAGAGAGUGGGAUAAACUUGCAAGAGACGGUUCUACAGGGGCCUUGAGAAGCGAGCUAGCCGAUGGCCAGUUACAACGCAUGGCGGAGGGGGAUGAUAUCAGUGGUGCAGCUUUCUGA